AUGGGCGAGAAGCUCCUUCCGGUCACCACCCGCGCGGUUACCCCCCGCGCCGCCUCCGCGGAUCCGUGGGGGCUGCUGCGGUGGGGCAAGUACUGCGGGAACGGCGGGGGGGAUUUAUUGCGCGCCGCGUUUCACAUACUCCCGUUCGCGUUACUCCUGGCUUUAUUCGCCGUCGCCUCGAAUUUCGUCCUUGGCGGCUUUUCGCAACAACCGUUUCGCCAAAGCCUCAUAGUUCCGCUGUCUGUGUCGAGAAUGUCGUCCCCUGCCACCACCUCCGCCGCCGCCGCGGCCGCCGCAAAUCUCGCCGCGCCGGCAGAGGGCGCUUCCAGCAAGUUUUCAGGUGAAGAGGGGUCCGUGUUUGGCGGAUUCGCGGAUCCCGCGGCGGACCGAGCGGAGCUUGGGGAGUCUGCGCAGGGAGCGGAAGUGGCGGAAGCGGAGUCCGCAAAAGCGGAGCUGGAGAGGGUUUCCGCGCGGAAAGCGGAGAUCAAAGAGAGUUCCCCAAAAAUAUCGGAGGAGAGCGUAGCGGAUGUGACUGCAAGGAAGGAAAAAGAAAAAAGUACCGGCAGACGCGCAGGAAAGGGGAAGCCUGAGAAACGAAAGGAAAAGGGAGGACGUCCGAGUGAUACAAACGAACGCGGGAUUCGGGAGGCAGCGGUGGUUGGCGAAAGCGCUUCUAAGGAAGUUUCGUCCAACCAGAGUGGUUCUGAUAACGGGUCGGCUUUUGAGGCGUCCGUUUUCGAGGCUAUUUUCGAGUCGCCUCAAAAUGAGGGUGAUUCUAAGAACAGGUUGGGCGGUGCGAGCCUGGUGGCGACUGACGCGAUUCGGAAUGAGAGUGCGGUUGUUGAGGAAAGUCAGGAAUUGAGAGGCGGUGACGUCGAGGCUGCAUCAACGGUGGAGAAGACACCAAAGGAGGAGGCAUCGACGGGCGGAGAGACCUCUACGGGAGAGGCUACGAUGGGGGCGACUGAGACUGUGGGGGAAGCAUCGGCGGAGGGGGAAGCAUCGGCGGUGGGGGGGUCAUCGGCGGGGAAAGAUGUACAGGCGGAGACAGCAAAGCAGCAAGAGGAUACCCUUGUGAAGAGCGCGUUUGUCGCUGUAACGGAGGGCGACUUUCCGUCUCGCCUCGGCGUCCUCUGCGCCGCUCCGUCAGUUGCGGCGGUUCUCGCGGCGAGAAACGUGGAGGAGCAGGACCAAGCGGGGCAGGCGCGAGCAAUGGCGGUGGUCUGGAAGGGCGGGGACGAUCUUUUCGGCGGGCUGCCCGGAAAAGAAGAGAUUCGGAGGUUGUUGGCGAGGAGAGGCGGCGAGGAUACGGGGAACCAAACGGAGCUACAGCAGCAGCAGCAGCAGCAGCAGCAGAGGGAGGAGAAAGAGGGAGCGGUGGAUUCGUGGCCUGAGCUGAGGCUGAGUGACGCGGAGACGGGAGAUACUGGCAGGGAUGGCAUGGUGGAGAUUAAGCUUUCACCCUCCCCCCACUCGCUUGUUUCACGACUUCUCUCAUUCUCGCUUCUUCAUUCGCUCUUCCCCCUCCCUCCUCCCUCCUCCUUUGCUGCUCUCUCGUGUGUGUUCCUCCGUCAUGCAUCUCCCCUCUUUUUUCCCCGUGCACCAUCCAACCAACCAACCAUCUCCCCUCUUGCAGGUGUCACUUCCCUCCUCCGCCUUUCUUUCCUCUCGUAUGCUUCCCUCUUCCGCCAGACCUCCGCCGAGUCCUGCAGCGUGAGGGCACUCGAAACGGCCUGCCUGGGCGGCUUGCGGCCGUCAGCAGGCGUGGCGGCCAUUAUGCGCGCCCACCCCGCCUCCGCGCUCUCCGCCCUCCCCCGCUCCUCCGCCGUCUACCUCGAGAGGGGGGCCGCUGCGCCAGGGGGGUACACGUGCGGGGGGUGCAGGGGAAACUCCCUUCGGGAUUGCACUGUCAGAACUCUUGCCUGGAGGUACCUGCGCGCGGGAACUCCCCCCUCUGCUUCCGCUGAUUCUUCCUCUUCUUCCGCUCCUCCUCCUUCUUCUUCCUCCUCCUUCUCUUCCUACUCCGCCGCCGCCUCCUUCCCAGCGGAUUCCUCCCCAGCGUCCGAUUUCACGAUCGCUGCGUUUGAGCCGUCGGAUGCAGAGUACGUGGCGUCCACGUUUCACCCGCUCCGCGCCCCUAGAAUCCUCCCUGUUACCGCCCUCCGCCUUGCCUUCUGCUCCCAUCCCUCCUUGCCUCCUGCUGCUGCUGCCUCUCCUCUUGCCGCCCCUCCUGCUGCUGCCCAUGUUUCUGAUGCUGCAACCGCGGAAGAGUAUGGUGAAACUUCACCCGCGUCAACAGAAGCCCCUUCUGAAUCUUCGUCUGAGUCUUCGUCCACAGCACCGGGUGAAACUUCACCUGAGUCUUCCUCUAUCGCUGAAACUUCACCUGCUGCUGAGGAGUCAAGAGCAGGAGAGGCGAAGGAUGCAAGCUUGGGAAUUGAGGAGGAAAGAGGCGAGGAGGGAAUUGGGGGAGGGUUGGAAAGGAGGCUUAUGAGUGUGAUGAGACGAGGGAGACGACUGCUGGGUGAUGGGGAGAGUGUUGGUGGGGAGGGUAGUGGAGAGGAGGGUAAGGGGGAGGACAGCAGCGCAGAGAGCAGCGCAGAGAGCAGUGAGGGCGAAGCAGAGAGCAGUAAGGGCGAAGCAGAGAGCAGUAAGGGCGAAGCAGAGAGCAGUAAGGGCGAAGCAGAGAGCAGUAAGGGCGAAGCAGAGAGCACAAGCGCAGAAGCACAGAGCGUGGAGGAAGUGCAAGCGGAAAUGGCUCUUAGCAUGCUGAAGGCACGGGAGGAGAGCGGCGAGGAGAAGAGAAGCGAGAGCAGUAGGGACGACUCAGAGAGCGCAGAAGCAGUGCAAGCGGACAUGGCACAGAGCAUGCUCAAGGGGCGCGAGGGGGGUGGCGGAGAGGGGGAGAGCGGGGCUCUGAGCGCGGAGGCACCGAGUGCAGAAGCAGUGAGUGCGGAAGCAGUGAGCACGGAAAAACUAAGUGCGGAAGCAGUGCAAGCAGAGAUGGUGAUGGGGAUGCUGAAAGGGCGCGUGGAGAGUGGCGAGUGGAGCUGCGCGCAGCUGCAGGUGGCGGAGGCGUGGGUGGUGUCGGCAGCAGCAGCGCUCAUCCACACCCGCGCGUCCCUCGAGGCCCGAUUCUUCACAGCCCAGGCUACCGCCGGCACUGCCAGGCAAAUCAUGGGGCUGGAGAGGGAAGGGAGGAGGCCGAGUUUUGAGACGUCUCAACAGUCCGGGGAGAGGGGAAGCGGAGGAGCGGCAGAGGGAGCUGAGGGGGGAGCGGCGGAGGAGGGAGCAGAGGGGGGAGCAGAGGGGGGAGCGGCGGCAACAGAGGAGGGGGGUGGUGCGAGUGCGAGUGGGGUGGUCCCGUUGAAGGUGCAUUCCAGCGUGUGUGACUCGCGCGCCCCCACGCCCUUUGUCAACCGCCGCUACCUGCAGCAGUUCCUCGUGGAUGAGCAACUCAAGACAGUAUACUGCUUUGUGCCCAAGGCAGGGUGUACGGGGUGGAAAGUGUGGUUCCGGCAGCAGCAAAACCGCCCCAACGCCACCGAUGCGUGGAUCGCCCACGACCCAAAGCACUCGGGGCUGAAGCUGCUGGCAUUCGACAUGCAGGAAAGAGAGGUGAUCCGGUUUCUGACCCGCCCCGACUACUUCAAGUUCACGUUCGUGCGUAACCCGUACACGCGGUUACCAUCGGCGUAUCUCAACAAGCACGUGGGAGGGGGCCCUCCUCACGACCGCGAGUACUGGAACGCGCGCUUCUUCCACAACAUUGCUCCGUACCGCCAGCUGCUGGACCGCAACAAUGGAUCUGACUUGUUUGACUUUCCUGACUUUGUGGAGCUGACGUGGCACAUGGAGAAGAACAAGCGGUGUAUCAUGGACCCGCAUAUCAUGCCCGAGGCUGAUGUGUGUGAGCUGCAUCGGAUUAAGUAUGACUAUGUGGGCCGGUUUGAGAACUACGAGCAUGACGUGGCAGAGGUCCUGAGCCGUAUUGCUCGCUUGUUCUCUCUGUUGCACCCCUCAUAG